AUGUCGAAUAUUAUACCCAAUCAAGCAACCACUACAACCCCAGCUUCCGCAGAUAUGUCCUCAUCACUCAAACCGGCGCUCUCGAAAUUGGCAAAUCGUUAUAGAGGCGCCACAGUCGAAGAUCUCGAUCCUCCCUCCGCACUCUCCUGUAACCCUACUGACCCCAUCUCCUACGCUCUAAUGAGCGCCUUCGAACGCGAUUACACGCAUCUCACCGUCAUAACCCCAGAUACCCGAGCACUACUAGGAUAUCUCUCGAUCCCGCAUUUGCGCAUCUUACUCGAGACGGGCAAAGUAAAAGAAACAGACGAGGUAGCGAAAGCAAUGGUGAAAUUUAAGAGGAAGGGAAAGGCUUAUAAGGUUAUUACUAUGGAUACGCCGUUAGAGGAGUUGGAACUAUUUUUUAAUGGGGGCGAGAAUGGGGAACACGGGAAACAGGAGUUUGCGGUUGUGACGGAUGAGAGGAGGAGCAUGGUACCAUCUUAA